UCAACCUCCUUUCCUUCCGGCAUUGUCCUGUCAACCUGUUUGUGUACGCGAUUUUAUUCGACCAAAUUCUUUACAAAAUUAAAAACUCAAAAUGCGUAUUUGGAACUCUGAACACACAUUUAACCACAGCUGGGAUACUGUUGUUACAGCUGUUUGGAGGAAGUAUCCAAAUCCUCACAACCCAAGUGUUGUUGGUCUAGAUGUUCUUGACAGAAGUGUUGAUAAUGAAGGAAGGCUCAAAACUCACAGGCUUAUGUCAACAUCAUGGGGUAUACCAAUAUGGGUCACAAAGCUUAUAGGAAUGCAAGAUACUUGCUUUGCCAGUGAACAUUCAACAGUAGACCCAAACAGUAAAACCUUCACACUCAGGACCAAAAAUGUAACAUUAGCCCAUGUUCUCACAGUUAAUGAAGAGCUUAUUUACACACAGCACCCUACAGACCCAACCAAAACGCUGUUGAGACAGGAAGCCACAGUAACUGUGUCAGGUCUCCCCCUCUGCAACAGACUAGAACAGAUGGUCACUGAUGCCAUGUCAAACAAUGCCAGCAAGGGGAGACAAGCCAUCGAGCAUGUGAUUGAUAAAAUAAAGAAGGAGGCCAGAGAUUUUUCAUUAGAGGCUCAGAAAUGCAUGGACAACGUUUUACCCAAGUCUGCUUCGUUAUGAUGACAAGCCAACCUAGACCAAGCUAAAAUUAAUUAGUUAACCUAAAGAGAGCCUCUUGCCAUCAUUGGUGCUCCUGUUUUAGCAUUGUUUGCAAACUUCCUGGUUCAAAAUGCGCAAUGUGAUAACUAUUUUUAUCGUACACAAACAGAACUGUUUUUAAAAAAAUACAUGGCUAAAAUGACCAUUAAAAUGAGACAUCUGGAAUUAUGGUCUUUUAUGAUACUUCUUGUCUGCUGUCUUGUUAGCACUUCAUUCCUCCAUAUUUUAAUAAUGUGAUUAUUAGUGUGUUUUGUUGUUCAUCCAUUUUCUCCGUGAAAUUGGUAUUAUAAAACAUUUUUAAUGAAGUUAUAAGAAUAAGAAAGUAUUGAGGAAGCCAUGAAAAUGUGUCAAGAAAAAAAUAACUACUGGAAAUUCAGAUUUAAAAAAAAGUAUUUUUAAAAUAAAUUGUUUAUUGAUAGUUUAUCUUUAAGUACUCUUAUAUCAAACAAGUAACUAUUAAACUUUUGCUGUUCAUCAAGUUGUUCCGUAAUAUAAAACACUAUGCCAUAAUAUAUAAUUUGGCUACACAAUGUAAUUAGAAGGUGCAUUAUGGUCCACACUUCAAUAUGUUUAUAGUCAUUAAAUCUCAUCCGAAGCUAGAGCAUGGGUCGGUAACCUGUAAGGUUGUAAAAUACAUAUAUUUUUAUUUAUAUACAAGAAUAAUGGUUAGAGAAAACUAGGGAAUGUAGGGAUGAUUUUAAGAAAAUGGAAAUAAAACUCUAGAAUUUGAAGUAUCAUUCUCAAAUUGACUUUCACUUUUAAUUGAAUCUCCGAAAAUAAUUCUCUUAGCAAUAAAAAAAAUUAAAAAGUUGAUUUUUCUUUUCAAAGGUUAUUCACUCCUAUGCUUAAAGUAACGACAUUUUUUUUUAAAAAUCACUAAAAUCCCACCUAAUUAUUGUUUGGAUUUGCCGUUUGCCUAAAAUAAUUUGUUUUUUUUUGUUUUUCAAAAACAUUUUUCUUUUCUAUGAUGUAUAAAUUUUUUCAUGGGUUUUUUUUCCUUAAAUAGAAAUUUAUAGAAUCAACAAACAUUUUUCUAGAAAAUCAUUUUCCUAAUAAUUAUAUUGUACAAAAUGUAUGUCUAAGUGGUUUGGUUUCGCUGUGUGUGAAAGAUGCAAGCCCAGAUGUUGGGUUGACAAACUAAACUGUGAUUGGUCUGUUAAAUGACCAUGACAUUUUGCUUCGGCAAAACAGUUAAUUAUAACAGUGUGAACUGUUAUAAUUAAAAUUAUCUAUAGAGCCAGCUGGUGUAAUGGUAUUUUUUAGUUGGGCGACAUUGUUUUUUUGUAAUUUAAAUUAACACAAGUAAUUAAAGAACUACUUAAGAAAUAUGUGCUUUUUUAAUUGCUUAUUAUUUUUUACUCUGUAAGCAUCGUCCUGAAAUUCAGAUGAAUAUUUUUAUGAUGUGGUUCCAUAGAGGUUUUUUUUUUAAAUGUUUGGUGUUUUAUACGCAAGUAUCUAUUACUAACAUGUACACGUAUUCUGCUGUCCAAUAUUUUUAAAAAAUUUACUUGUGUAAAUCAGCAACCAUUUUCAAUAACGUUGUACAACUAAACUUGAACAUAUUAGAUAUAAACUAUCGCUCACUAUAACAGACAGCUUCUAAAAUCUUUACAAACUUAUUUUUCAACCAGUCUUUUUUAGCUAAAACUAAUACAAAAAGUAUUGUCCUUUUUUGUAAGGAAGUUCAACACAUUUUUUUCUCUUCUGUUUUGACUUUCAUUCUAUAGUUUCUCUAUUCUUGGUAUUUUGUCUAUAAUUGGUUUGGUUGUAUUUGUUUUACUAAGCAUCAAAAGAGAGACCUACUCUAGUUAUUUUUUUUAAAUUCUAGGCCAUUGCUUUAUUUGUCUGCAUUUUAAAAAAUUGAUCCAAGUAGUAGUUAUUCCAGUAAAUUGCAUUUUUAAAAAAAUAUUUAUGGUUUGGUUAGGAAUAUCUUUGUACAUCUCUAACCAUCAGAAUUGUAAAUCAAGAGUACUUGAAAUCCUGUUGCACUGGGUGUGUCUACCAUAAGCUUCUGAUAACAAUAACUUUUGUAAUGUAAAUUUGGUCUCUUGUUCAUUUAUAAGUAUACUAAUAUACUUUAAAAUUCUAUCAAAUAAGUCUGUUUUAGCCUGUCAUUUAUUAAUGUUAAAUUUUUUGUUUUAAAUCUACUUUGUAAAGAUGCAUUUCUGUUAGUCCUAAAGGAUUAUAAUUUUGUGUGUGUCUUAAUAGGGUUAAAAUCUGUGUUCCUGUUUUUAGUUGUCAAUAUAAUAUGGUAAUAAUGUUAGUGCUGUUUGCUUUUAUAGCUAGGGUUGAAAAAUUGUCAGUGUUUAGCUUGUUUAAGGUUGGCGUAUUCAUUUGUUGUUUUUUUUUCUCUUGCCUGUCUUAAUUAAUGUUCAAAAGUGUUUGUCCACUGUUACCAUGCAGGCAAGAUCUAUGUUUGUGUUUUAAGUAUGUCUUGUUACUAGAAUUUCUGUAUGCGUUUUUGUAUUACUGUUUCCUGUGUGUGAUGCCGAUGUUGAAUUCUGUAUUACAAUAUACCAUGUGCCUUUAAUCCAAGAUGUUAUUUGUUAUGUUUAGUUUUCUUAGUAGUUGCACACUAUUAAACUUUUAGCCUCAUGGGAACACUCUUUGCUAGAUAACUAAUACCUUUUUUAGUAUGUAUCAUAUUAUCUAUUAUUAUUUGCAUUAUAUCAUGUAACACACAAUAGAUUGAAUUUGUUCCAUUUUUUUUAUUUAAUCACAUGGCUUUUGAUUUAUUGUUAAACCCUAAAUUGGUCAGUUAAAUUUUCUUUUUAAGUUAGUUACUACCCAACUGUCAACUGUAAACUUUUAUAAAGUGAGAUCUAGCUAGUUGAAACAGUUUUUUUAUAUAUUAGAUCUGCCUGAGUAAUACAAUGCUCCUCCUUCCUCAAUUUUUAACAUCACAAGUACUUGGGGAUCAAUUUUUUUCUUAGUUUUUUUUUUUUUUUUAACUGCGAGUGCUGAAAAGUGUUGAACAGAAUAAAAACUUGGUUUUAAUGCAUGGUG